GUGCAAACACAUGAGAGGGUUGCAAACGAUAACAACACCGGAUCUGUGUUAUUAUACUUUCAUAUCGAUUGCAUAACGCGUAUCGCCGCUUCUCUUCGCCAGAGAGGCUAGCUGUGUGUGUUUGCACACAUAUAUAGAUCUGUUUUGGUGUCAAUGGGGCUCAGUAAAACGCAUCUCAGUAUAGGCUAUGCCUCCGCCGGGGUGCUGGUGGGGGUCUCCGCCUUCUUCGUCUGGAAUAUCGCUUUCAAACAGCCCUGGACUGCAGCCAUGGGGGGCCUGUCAGGUGUGCUGGCGCUCUGGGCUCUCAUCACUCACAUCAUGUAUGUUCAGGAUUUCUGGCGGACCUGGCUCAAGGGGCUGCGUUUCUUCCUCGUCAUGGGAGUGCUCUUCUCCGCGCUGGCCAUUGCGGCCUUCAUCACCUUCCUCACCCUCGCCGUCACCCAGCACCAGUCCUUGACAGACCCAAGGAGCCUGUACUUGUCGUGUGUGUGGAGCUUCAUCUCUCUCAAGUGGUCCUUCCUGCUGGCUCUGUACUCGUACCGUUACCGCAAGGAGUUCGCUGACAUCAGCAUCCUCAGUGACUUCUGAGACCCCCCCCCACCCCCCCGCUGCACUGCGCCCCCCCUGAAGCCGGGAGAGAGGGACUCGGUGCUGACUCCCAUUGCAGCAACGCCCUGCCGAGAACAUGAUUAUUACUGUAAACACAUUCAGUUUGUGCACGCUCGACCAAGCAUAGCUCAGGGAGGGAAGCGAGGCUCCCGCUGCGUAGCAGUGUGAUCCAUUCCUGGUUUCAUCAGACGCCCCUGAGCUGGUUCGCUAGACACACUGGGGCUUGCUCUUGUAAAACCUAGAGUGGGGGAAACCGCAACGCAGCAGGAGUCUUGCUCCCCGUCCCUGUCUCAAAUGCUGUCAUUGUUUUUGUUCAAAUGCAUUAUAGCACAGUAGAUAUUUUUUAUUUUUUCCCUCGACUUUUUUUGCAAAGGAAUAGACCCGUUGUGAGCGGAUGGACAGAACAGAGAUGACGAAGAAGAAAGAACUGAAAGGCGGUUUGUGUUCCAGUUCAGCAGUGACUUCGAGGCAGUUUGCAAAGACGGAAGGAUUCUUUCCCAGGAAAAGCUCUUUUCUUUGUUUUUUUGUUUGGUUUAAGUUGUUUCACGCUGUGUCCUUUUUUUUUGAAGACAGAGGUUGGUUAGGAGGGUGUUCACAAAUCUCUCACACACUCGCUCUCUCACACUUUCACACUCAUACACACAUUCUCUUUUUUACACACUUUCACACACUUUCUCUUUUACACACAUUCUCUCUCACACUCUUUCUCCCUCUCUCAGAGCCGAGUCCACCUUUCCGUGUGCACUAUAUUAACAAACACUGAAACUGAGAAUAUUACAGCGUUGAAACGCUCUGCGGCAGUAAUUCCUGCUGUCACAUUUGGAGCGAGCGAGUGAGUGAAUUUACAGAGAACUGUCCGUAAUAACAAAGCACUUUAAAAUGAAGUUUCGCGUAUUGCGGGAUAACCCCCUUUGCACAGUGUGAUGCAGCACCAGUUUCCGGACCCAGGACACUGUCUGUGGGAGCCGGUGCCCCUCAGAUAUUACACCUUCGCCACACCACCACGAGUGGCUGAACAGUGGCAUUUAAACCCAGUCCCUGGGCUCUAACAGUUAGGCUGCCCCACCUCCAACUCACACAGGCAGUGAAUUAGUGAUGGCGCUUUGUAUGGGACUCGAACCCAGCUCAGUCUCCUGGCUCCCAGUCCGCCCAGUCUAACGCGGUUGUGGUACGCAGGUGAAUUUCACAUGUAAAGUCUAAUCAAUUCCCAGCCGCUGUCUAUCUGUAGCUUACGUUGCGCGCAUGUUCGUGUUUUAACCCUGUUGAUACUUAAUUAAGCUAAUAUAGAAAUAAGUGGGUAUUUUUUUGUUUUGUUUUUUUGAGAAACAGUUUUUAAUCUACAUGUUUGUUUAGUUUCUUGUAUUUUUUUAGAAGUCUUUUGUCGUCUCCUAGUCAACUUGUGUAUGUAACGUAUUAAAGAAAAAUAAAAUAUUAUUUUAUCA